CCAUCCCCCCGCCACUCCGCCGCACAUGCAGCCCCCACAAAUCCAGCACAAGCUCCACGAGUCCACGACCCCCCUACCGACUCGCUCCCGCCGCGCCGUCGUAGGCUCGUAGCGCCAACUCCCCAGACCCUCUCGCCCCGCCCCGCCUCCCACACCACAGCAGCAGCCACGCUUCCCCAGGCCGAGCACAAAGCAGCCACCUUCCCUUCCACUCCGCGCCUCCGUUACCCAGAUCCAACUAAGUAGCAGCAGAGCAGCGCAGCUCCGUCCAAGAAGACCACCCCACCCGCACCAAGGGAGAGAGAGAGAGAGAGAGAGAGAGAGAACCCGCACCAAGGGAGAGAGAGAGAGAGAGAGAGAGAGAGAGAGAGCGCGGCGCCAUGCCGCCCCGGCUGCUCACCCUGGCGGCGCUGCUGCUGCUGAGCGCCACGCUGGGCGCGCCGGAGCCGGAGGCCGACAGGGCGGCGCUGCUGGACUUCCUCGCGGGGGUGGGCGGCGGCGGGCGCAUCAACUGGGCCGCCGCCCGCCCCGUCUGCGCCAACUGGACGGGCGUCACCUGCAGCGCCGACGGCGCCCGCGUCGUCGAGCUGCGCCUGCCGGGGCUCGCCCUCUCGGGCCCCGUGCCGCGCCGCACGCUCGCCCGCCUCACCGCGCUCCGGGUGCUCAGCCUCCGCGCCAACGACCUCUCCGGCGCCUUCCCGGACGACCUGCUCGCGCUCCCGGGCCUCGCGGGCCUCCACCUCCAGCGCAACGCCUUCUCCGGCGCCCUGCCGCCCGGCCUCGCGGGGCUCAAGAGGCUGCAGGUGCUCGACCUCUCCUUCAACGCCUUCGACGGGGCCCUGCCCGGCGCGCUCUCCAACCUCACCCAGCUCGUCGCGCUCAACCUCUCCAACAACUCGCUCUCCGGCCGCGUCCCCGACCUCGGCCUCCCGGCGCUGCAGUUCCUCAACCUCUCCAACAACCACCUCGACGGCCCCGUGCCCGGCUCCCUGCUCAGGUUCUCGGACGCCUCCUUCGCCGGGAACAGCAUGACGCGGCCGGCGCCGGUGUCGCCGGCGGUCCCGCCACCGUCGCUCGCCCCGCCGGCGGCCGGCGCGCCCGCCAAGAAACGGGGCCGGCUCAGCGAGGCGGUCGUUCUUGCCAUUAUCGUCGGCGGGUGCGUCAUGCUGUUCGCGGUCGUCGCGGUGCUGCUGAUAGCCUUCUGCAGCAGGCGGGGCGGCGAGGAGGGGAGCCGGGCGGGGUCCGGGAAGGGCGGGGACAAGAAGGGGAGGGAGUCGCCGGAGUCCAAGGCGGUGACCGGCAGGGCCGGGGACGGCAACCGGCUGGUGUUCUUCGAGGGCCCGUCACUGGCGUUCGACCUGGAGGACCUUCUCCACGCCUCCGCCGAGGUUCUCGGGAAGGGAGCGUUCGGCACGGCGUACCGGGCGCUGCUGGAGGACGCCACCACCGUGGUGGUGAAGAGGCUCAAGGAGGUCAGCGCCGGGCGGCGCGAGUUCGAGCAGCAGAUGGAGCUCAUUGGGCGGAUCCGGCACGACAAUGUGGCGGAGCUCCGGGCGUACUACUACUCCAAGGACGAGAAGCUGCUCGUGUACGACUACUACAGCAGGGGAAGUGUAUCCAACAUGCUUCACGGGAAGCGGGGUCUGGACAGAACACCAUUGGAUUGGGAGACUAGAGUAAGGAUAGCCCUGGGCGCAGCAAGAGGGAUCGCCCACAUCCACACUGAGAACAAUGGGAAAUUUGUUCAUGGCAACAUCAAGGCGUCAAAUGUGUUCCUCAACAGCCAGCAAUAUGGCUGCAUCUCUGACGUUGGCUUGGCGCCACUGAUGAACCCGAUAACCGCAAGGUCCCGUUCUCUGGGAUACUGUGCACCUGAGAUCACCGACACAAGGAAAUCAACGCAGUGCUCUGAUGUCUACAGCUUCGGUGUCUUUGUGCUCGAGCUCCUCACUGGCAAGUCACCUGUUCAGAUAACUGGCGGCGGCAACGAGGUUGUCCACCUUGUCAGGUGGGUGCAGUCCGUUGUCCGGGAGGAGUGGACCGCCGAGGUGUUUGACGGCGAGCUGAUGAGGUACCCUAACAUCGAGGAGGAGAUGGUGGAGAUGCUACAGAUCGCCAUGGCAUGCGUCUCGAGGAACCCAGAGCGACGGCCGAAGAUGAAGGACAUGGUGAAGAUGAUCGAAGAGGUCGGCAGGAACGACAGUGGGACGCGGGCUUCGACGGAGGCCUCGACGCCGGUGGGGGAAGCUCGGAACAAGGCAGAAAGCUCAUCUGCAGCCUCCUGAUGGAGUUCUCUGAAGUAUCAUUUUUUUUCGUCUUUGCAAGGGUAGGAGCACGGAUAGUUCUGUGUCUUGACGGCGCUGCAUGAUUCUUUUGUCUUAUGAUGAUUUACAUGUUACGAAAUUGUAACACCUUGCCAUGUGGAACUACGGAAAUUGUUUGCUUAUUAUGCAGCACCUGCUCACUGCUUUUCUGCAAGCAAUUGAACCAAUAUCUGAUCUGUAAA